AUGGCGACUUCCUGCCCGCAAACAAAAGAGCAGCGCCUGGCGUUGAUCAACGAGAACCUGGCCGAAGUGCUGAACCAGGAGAUUAUCGAAAAGAUUCUCGAUGAGGGCCGCAACCCAAAGAUCUACUGGGGCACCGCCACCACAGCGCCGCCUCACUGCGGCUACUUUGUGCCCGCCAUAAAGAUUGCCCAGCUGCUGGCCGCCGGUUGCGAGAUGACGAUCCUCCUCGCCGACAUCCACGCCUUCCUCGACAACCUCAAGGCGCCGAUCGAAAUGGUGGAGCAGCGCGCGCAGUACUACCGCUUCAUGAUCACGGCCAUCCUCGAGGCCGUCGGCAUCUCGACGGACAAGCUCAAGUUUGUCCUCGGCAGCUCCUACCAGAAGACGUCCGACUACGUGAUGGAUGUGUACCGCAUGGCCUCGGUCGUGUCGGAGCACGAUGCCCGCCGCGCGGGCUCGGAGACGGUCAAGCAGUCGGCCAACCCGCCGCUGAGUGGCCUGCUCUACCCCGUCCUGCAGAUCCUCGACGAGCAGUACCUGGACGUCGAUGCACAGUUUGGAGGCAUGGACCAAAGGAAACUGUUCAUUGCCGCCAAGGAUUGGCUACCCAAGCUGGGAUACAGAGAGCGCGCUCACUUGAUGAACCCGCUAGUUCCAGGCCUCCAAGGUGCCAAGAUGAGCUCAAGCGACCCUAACAGCAAGAUUGACCUGCUCGACACCGAGGACGCCAUCCGCAAGAAGAUUAGCAAGGCCGAGUGCGCCCCCAAAGUUGUCGAGGGUAAUGGUGUUCUUGCCUUUACCGAGUACGUGCUACUUCCUGCCGCCGCCCUCAAGGGGAAGAAGGAGUUCACCGUCUCUCGCCGCGACGGCACUCCCCUCGUCUACACCAGCAUCGAGGAGAUGCAUGAGGACUUCAAGAACGACAAGCUUACUCCCCAAGAUCUUAAGCCUGCCGUCGCUCAGGCUCUUGUCGACCUAACUGCGCCCAUCCGCGCCGCUUUCGAGAGCUCGCAAGAGUGGAGAGAUGUCACCCUCAAGGCCUACCCUCCACCCGAGAAAGUGAAGAAGGUGAAGAAGGUGAAGGAUAAGGGCACACGCUUCCCCGGCCGCCCCAAGCCGGCUGCUGACGGUGCUGAAGGCGCCGAGACUGAGAAGGCUGAUGAAACACCAGCUGCUGCUGAGCCGACUGCAUAA